GCUGUAGGAGCAGUUAUGUGCUUGAGGUGAGCUACACUUUGUAGCAUAAAUAGUGAGUGGAGAUGCGGAGGGUGUAGCACGUUGCCAUCUGUAGGUUGUGAGGAAAUAUAUACUUUUUAAGUAGCACUGUAACUUGUCUAAUUAGCCUCCAUCAGCUAAGUGAGCUAUUUAAAAGAGGAAGUCAUGUUUUUAUUUGUGCAGUAAGUUUUUAAAUGACAUACAGAGGUUAAUGAUUACAGGUUAAAACAAGGAACAACAACUUUCUCUCUUUCAAAUUUAUCUAGCAGAACAGUUCACUGAUUUCCAAGAAAAAAUAAUAAGACUUCCUGCUUAGACAAGUUCAGCUACGACAAAUAGUUUCUCUUUAGUUGUUUUUUCAUUUAGUUAGCGUUAGGUGUUUGUUCAGAGAAUGUUGUAAGGUGAUCCUUUAAUAGGCAUUCACUCAAAUAGAAGUUUCUGUUUUACUGCUGAGUACAAAAUCUGCUCAAUCAAAAUACCUUGUUUCCAAUUAAUCUACCAGAACGUGUUUGGCUAAACAAAACAUCUAUACUGAAUGACAAUGUUGCUGAACAUUUCAUUACAUAUGUUAUUCAUGCAACACCUAUCUUAACUUGUUUAAUCUAAAUUAGCAUUCAACUGCUCCUGAAAUCUCUUUUCCCUCUGUGGCCAGUAACAUGGCAAUAAAGUCCUGGCGCCAAGCACCCAGUUGCUAAGUAACGGUAUUAAACAAGAGCCUUGACUUUAGGUAAGCUAGGGAAAUGUUAUACAAAAGGGGCAUUCCUGAUCUUUCCUCUUGACUUCGCCGCCACAUAGAUAGGAUUACCAGGUAUUAUAAGUAGAACUUCUACAUGCUGACCAAAUUGGAAAUGUAGUUUUUAUAAGUGUUUUAUGUUUGGUUGCUGUGAUAUAACAUUAUGACUUUUUGGUACAAGGGUGAGAGGCUUUGGGUUGAAUGGCCGGUUCACAGGAGCUAAAGCUGUUGGUGUGUUUCUAAAACUGAAGAGAAUCUCAUUACUCGAUUAACGUAAACUAAAGAAAAAAUAAAAUAAAAUAUGUACCAUGCCCAAAGGGAAGGGAGCCAAAGGGACAAAGCUGACCCUCAAGAUAGCCAAAAAGGCAAUACGGAUGACCCCAGAUGGACGGCGCAGACUCACCCUUAGCAACAUGGGUAUAACCAUCUUCCCAAAGUGUCUCCUAAAACUCACCAACCUGGACGAGUUGGACCUCAGCCGAAACCUGAUACAGAAACUCCCAGAUAACAUUGGGAACUUCUCGUCACUGAGAUGGCUGGAUCUACACAGCAACAAGCUGGAGUCUGUGCCCGAGUCCAUCGGCAAUCUGGUGGGACUGACCCACCUCAACCUCUCGAACAACCUCCUAAUCUCUGCAGGUUUACCCUCCACAUUGGGCUUGCUCACCAGCCUGAAGACUCUCUAUCUGGGGAUGAACCAGCUGGACAGCCUGCCUCCCACUAUGAUGGCUCUAGAUAGUCUCCAAGAGUUAGGUCUGUUUGAUAACCUCUUCAUCAAUCCACCAGAGUUUGUGAAAGUCCUACGCAACCUCAUGAAGGUGAACAUGAAACGGAAUCCUCUAUCGUAUGUUCAGGGGGAUGGUGAGGGGAGGCAGAAGGAAAAAACUGAACCAGAGGAAAAUGUGUACCUGGUCCAUGAGAGCAGCCUGUGCAGGACAUGCCUUAAGAGGUGUAAAGAGCAAAGGACAGGGGUUCCUAAAGGAGGAGGAAAAGGAGGAGGAGGAGGAGGAGGAGGAGGAGGAGGAGGAGGAGGAGGAGGUGACGCGUUUGAAGAGAAAAGGAUAAGGACUUAUGAAGGACUGAUAGUGCCAAACUCAGUGGCUACAAUCAAUCAAGAUGUGUGGAGAAUAAGAAAGAUGGAGCACACGAAUGACCAAACAGCAUCGCAAAAGUCAUCUUAAACUUAUUGAACAAAUGUAAUAAAUGUAAUUUUAGGCAACUCUCAAAACUUUAAGAAUAUUUGCAUAUCUUACUACGUCACAACUACAUUUUGAUUUAUUUUCCGUUUCAAUUGAUGAAAUAAAA